AUGCUACGCAUGAUCGGCCGAGUGUUGGUCGGCAACCCACUCUGCCGGGACCCAGACGCCAUUUCCUUAUUCAUGAGCUUGUUGGGUCCCCGAUUUGCCGCUUCUCGGAUGCAAGUUGAAUUGAGCAAUCUGAUAGUCGACGACAUGAUACGCAAUGCCGGUGCAAAGGAUGACCAGCUGACACUUGCGCAAUGGGUGUGGCAGUGGACAGAGCGAGAAACACCCGGCGAGUACACCCCAUUCGAUGUGGCUGGACUGCUAGUAUCCUCCAUUUUCGGCGCGGUGCACACUGCUGGCUCGGUGCUAACAAAGUCCCUCUAUGAGCUCACUCAAAGGCCGGAGUACGUUGAAAUUCUUCGUAGCGAAGUCGAACAAGCCAUUCGCGACCAUGGAGGGGUUGGGAGGGAAUCCAUCGAGGCGAUGACAAAACUUGACAGUUUCAUCAAGGAAACCUUGCGACUACAACCCGUGGGUCCAGCCGCAGUGCAUCGAGUCAUGAAGAAGGACUACACCUUUAAGAACGGGGUAAAGCUACCAAAGGGAACAUUUGUCUUCGCACCAAAUACACAGCUACAUAUGGACGAGCGCCAUUAUGACCAACCAGAAGAGUUCGAUGCGUUGCGAUUCCACAAGCUCGGGCAGGAGUCGGGGAAACCCAAUAACUACAAACUUGCUGGCUCCAGUCCUAAAACCCGUCAGUUUGGUGAUGGAAAGCAUGCUUGCCCGGGCAAGCAGCUCGCUGCGGAUCUGCUACGUAUCAUCAUGGCCCAUUUCCUGCUCAACUUCGAUAUCCGGAAGUGCGACGAGGGCGCAAGCUACCCGCCAAUGGAGCAACGAGGCAUGUCGAUUAAGCAGCGCACGUCUUCAGUAUGA